AAUUACUUCAUUUAUUGAUUUAAUUUAAUUUUACAAAAAAAAUCUGUAUUGCUGGGGUAGAAAAUGUCUAUUAACGAUUUUACAAUUCUAGGCAUUAUGUAAUCUCAUAUAUAUAUUACCAAUUUAAUUGGUUAGUUAAAAUUAACCAAUUAAAUUGAUUCAUACUUAAGAUCCAAUCAGAUUGCAAUUUUAGUUUAUUUUAAUUCAAUUUUGAUUGGUGGAAGAAAUAAGCCCAGAAAGUAGAAUUAUAUUUAAAAUGAAAUAAAGAAUUUUUCUUAAAAAAUUUAUUUCAUGUAAAUAUGGAUAGAAGACCAUCAGGAUUUUCAAAAAUACCUCCAAUUGGUUCAAGAUCUGUUUUAAUUGCUAUCGAUGGUUCUGAACAUUCAAAAAAAGCAUUUCAAUAUUAUUUAAAAUGGUUACAAAGACCAGAUGAUACAGUAACAAUCUAUCAUGCUGUAGAACCAGUCUCAUUACCAACUAUAUCAUUAUCGAAUCCAAUUAGUAUACCAAGUGAAGAAUGGUCGAAUCUUGUACAAACAAAUGUAAAACGUGUACGUGAAUUAGAAAAUGAUUAUAGUACAGAUUGUUUAGCACAUAAUUUAACAUAUCAAUUUUUAUAUGAACCAGUUGAACAUAUUGGUGCAUCUAUUGUUCAAAAUGCUGAAAAAUAUAAUGUACAUUUAAUAAUUGUUGGAAGUCGUGGUUUAGGUGCUAUAAAACGUACAAUUAUGGGAAGUGUUAGUGAUUAUGUUGUACAUCAUGCUAAUACAGCUGUAUGUGUUAUUCCUUGUAUUACAGAACAAAAGAAUUCUUGUAAAAAUUGAAUUCUUUUUCAAUUAUCCAAUAGUGAAAUCAUAUGUAAACAUUUGUUGAUAUUUUGAAUUAAACAUAUAUAGUAUGGUAUAAUGUGAAUAUGAAUGUUUAUUCUUUAUCUUACUUUUCUCUAUUUUCUUUUCUUCACAAUUAUAUAUAUAUAUAUAUAUAUAUAUAUAUAUAUAUAUCUUCUCUAAUAUAU